CGGCGCGCGUGGGCUGCCGGGAGGCACCUCCAACCGGUGCCCGGCGGCGGCGGCGGCGGGAGGGUGGCGCGAUGCGGCUGUCGGUGGCGGCCGCCAUUUCGCAUGGGCGUGUCUUCCGGCGGCUGGGUCUGGGCCCGCGCUCGCGUCUGGACCUCCUGCGCAACUUGGUGACGGCGCUGGUGAGGCAUGAGCGCAUCGAGACGCCCUGGGCGCGGGCCGACGAGAUGCAAGGCUACGCCGAGCGGCUCAUCGAUUAUGCCAAGCUGGGAGACACCAACGAGCGUGCCAUGCACAUGGCAAAUUUCUGGCUGACGGAGAAGGACCUCAUCCACAAGCUGUUCAAGGUGCUGGCACCCCGGUACCAGCUCCACUCCGGCAACUACACCCGCCUGCUGCAGAUCCCCAACCGGGACGGCCUUGACCGCGCCAAGAUGGCAGUCAUCGAGUUCAAGGGGAAUCCUCUCCCGCCGCUCAUCCGCCCAAACUGCAACAACGAGAAGACACUGAUCAACCAGCUCCUGAAGGGCUACCGGGAGGACAUGCAGAGCGCAGCAGCUCCAGAGGAGCCCAAGGGCACCCCUGUUUAGGCAUCCCCCAAUGCCCUUGGGGAGGCCCUCUGCGUGCACAGGGACAGGGCUUGGUGUGAGCUACCCAUGCACCAGCCAGCUUGUUGCUGUCCUGGAGCACAGGAAUGGAAGAUAUUCCAGGAAGUCUGAAGAUUGAUUACUAACCUUGGGAUGCCAUAAUGGGGGUAUAAGAUCAGGGUUUACUUGCUUCUUCCAGUUGUUUGAAUUUAGACUCGGCAAGAGAAGGAAAUUGAGCUGGGAGCCCUAGUGGUUGAUUGUCUCUGUGUAAAUAAACUCUGUUCAGAAAA